AUGGGGAAUCAUAAAUUAUUGAAGAAUGCGAACAUUCUUUGCUUCGCGUUGCUGCAUAUUUUAGUUAAUGAUGAACAAUCGGGUAGAGGAAGAGGCAUGCAGCCCAGAAGCCUCUCGGAGUUUAUGUCUUCUAUAUAUCCAUCCUCCUAUUGGAGCACACUUACUGAUGACGACGAUAUGCUCCAGGAAGGUGGUAUUAGGUCGGGUGAGGAAUCCGAUAAGUCUGUUGGAAAUUGUGCGGGAAGUCAAAGCUGCGGUCCUGUAGAGAGCGAAUCAUGUACGCGAUGUAGUUCUCUCCGAGGGGGGCCCCCCGUCGAUAGGAUUUCCACAGACGACAGGUCCGAUGAUACUAAGUCCUGCAUGAGGAGCGACGAAUCCGGAGACAGAUUCUGCAAAGGGUCUAGGGAGGUUACUGAAAAUAUAACAGAUGCUGCUGCUGGACCUAAUGGGGACUACUCAUUGGAAGAUCCAUUGGAUAACCUUCUAGAUGAUCCCGUAGAUGAUGAUCCAAUAGAUGAUGAACCCAACUAUGAUGAUCCAUUAUAUGAUCCACUGUUUGAUCUACUAGAAGAGCCAAUAGAUCACCCCGCGGAUAGGCCAUUGGACAAUGAUGCGAAUGACCUAACUGAACAUUCUCUGGAAGAUGACAGAGAAAAUCGUUCUGAUAGGAGGUUAGAAGGUUCUCUAGAAGAUGACAGAGAAAAUCGUUCUGAUAGCAGGUUGGAAGAUUCUCUAGAGGAUGAUAGAGAAAAUCGUUCUGACAGAAGGUUAGAGAAUUCUGUGGAAGAUGAUAGAGAAAAUCGUUCUGAUAGCAGGUUGGAAGAUUCUCUAGAGGAUGAUGGAGAAAAUCAUUCUGAUAGGAGGUUGGAAGAUUCUCCAGAAGAUGAUAGAGAAAAUCGUUCCGAUAGGAGAUUGGAAGAUUCUCCAGAAGAAGAUAGAGAAAAUCGUUCUGAUAGGAGGUUGGAAGAUUCUCUAGAGGAUGAUAGAGAAAAUCGUUCUGAUAGGAGGUUGGAAGAUUCUCUAGAGGAUGAUAGAGAAAAUCGUUCUGAUAGGAGGCUAGAAGAUUCUCUAGAAGAUGACAGAGAAAAUCUCUUCGACAAAUGGCUAGAGGAGUUUCUAGAAGAUGACAGAGAAAAUCGUUCUGAUAGGAGAUUGGACGAUUCUCUAGAAGAUGAUAGAGAAAAUCGUUCUGAUAGGAGGUUGGAAGAUUCUCUAGAGGAUGACAGAGAAAAUCGUUCUGAUAGGAGAUUGGAAGAUUCUCCAGAAGAAGAUAGAGAAAAUCGUUCUGAUAGGAGAUUAGACGAUUCUCUAGAGGAUGAUAGAGAAAAUCGUUCUGACAGAAGGUUAGAGGAUGCUGUGGAAGAUGACAGAGAAAAUCGUUCUGACAGAAGGUUAGAGGAUUCUGUGGAAGAUGACAGAGAAAAUCGUUCUGAUACGAGAUUGGAAGAUUCUCCAGAAGAUGACAGAGAAAAUCAUUCUGAUAGGAGGUUGGAAGAUUCUCUAGAGGAUGAUAGAGAAAAUCGUUCUGACAGAAGUUUAGAGGAUGCUGUGGAAGAUAACAGAGAAAAUCUCUUCGACAGAUGGAUAGAGCAGUUUCUAGAGGAUGACAGAGAAAAUCGUUCAGACAGGAGAUUGGACGAUUCUCUAGAGGAUGACAGAGAAAAUCGUUCUGAUAGGAGAUUGGAAGAUUCUCCAGAAGAUGACAGAGAAAAUCGUUCAGACAGGAGAUUGGACGAUUCUCUAGAGGAUGACAGAGAAAAUCGUUCUGAUAGGAGAUUGGAAGAUUCUCCAGAAGAUGACAGAGAAAAUCGUUCUGAUAGGAGGUUGGAAGAUUCUCUAGAAGAUGACAGAGAAAAUCGUUCUGAUAGCAGGUUGGAAGAUUCUCUAGAGGAUGAUAGAGAAAAUCGUUCUGAUAGGAGAUUGGACGAUUCUCUAGAAGAUGAUAGAGAAAAUCGUUCUGAUAGGAGAUUGGACGAUUCUCUAGAAGAUGAUAGAGAAAAUCGUUCUGACAGAAGGUUAGAGGAUGCUGUGGAAGAUGACAGAGAAAAUUGUUCUGAUAAGAGAUUGGAAGAUUCUCUAGAGGAUGAUAGAGAAAAUCGUUCUGAUACGAGAUUGGAAGAUUCUCUAGAAGAUGACAGAGAAAAUCGUUCAGACAGGAGAUUGGAAGAUUCUCUAGAAGAUGACAGAGAAAAUCGUUCAGACAGGAGAUUGGACGAUUCUCUAGAAGAUGAUAGAGAAAAUCGUUCUGAUAGGAGAUUGGAAGAUUCUCCAGAAGAAGAUAGAGAAAAUCGUUCUGAUAGGAGGUUGGAAGAUUCUCUAGAGGAUGAUAGAGAAAAUCGUUCUGAUAGGAGGUUGGAAGAUUCUCUAGAGGAUGAUAGAGAAAAUCGUUCUGAUAGGAGGCUAGAAGAUUCUCUAGAAGAUGACAGAGAAAAUCUCUUCGACAAAUGGCUAGAGGAGUUUCUAGAAGAUGACAGAGAAAAUCGUUCUGAUAGGAGAUUGGAAGAUUCUCUAGAGGAUGACAGAGAAAAUCGUUCUGAUAGGAGAUUGGAAGAUUCUCUAGAAGAUGACAGAGAAAAUCGUUCUGAUAGGAGAUUGGAAGAUUCUCUAGAAGAUGAUAGAGAAAAUCGUUCUGAUAGGAGGUUGGAAGAUUCUCUAGAGGAUGACAGAGAAAAUCGUUCUGAUAGGAGAUUGGAAGAUUCUCUAGAAGAUGACAGAGAAAAUCGUUCUGAUAGGAGAUUGGAAGAUUCUCUAGAAGAUGACAGAGAAAAUCGUUCAGACAGGAGAUUGGACGAUUCUCUAGAAGAUGAUAGAGAAAAUCGUUCUGAUAGGAGGUUGGAAGAUUCUCUAGAAGAUGACAGAGAAAAUCGUUCAGACAGGAGAUUGGAAGAUUCUCUAGAGGAUGAUAGAGAAAAUUGUUCUGAUAGGAGAUUGGAAGGUUCUCCAGAAGAUGACAGAGAAAAUCAUUCUGAAAGAACCUUGGAAGAUUCUGUAGAAGAUGACAGAGAAAAUCGUUCUGACAGAACCUUGGAAGAUUCUGUGGAAGAUGACAGAGAAAAUCGUUCCGACAGAACCUUGGAAGAUUCUGUGGAAGAAGCUUUGGAAGAUUAUUUGUAUGGUAAUAGGGAGGAGACUGUAGAUGAAUCUAUGAAUGAAAAAGUAAAGGAUGCAGAGGAAGACGGAUUAGAGAGCACUGCAGAGGAUGUUGUAAGGGAUGAUGUGGAAGGCAAUAAGGAAAUUCCACAGGAAGAUGUCAUGAAGGGUGAUUCUCGUGAUCGUAUGGAUGGUGAAUCGAAGGAAUUAUUAAUGGAUUCAGAAUCUCCUGAGCACAAAGAUUUGGAUGGAAACAUGAAUGGAUCACAUGAUGAUGAUAAUGUGAAGGAUACAAAGUCUAAAAGAAAAAGAAGUUCUGUUGGAAGGAAUUCCUACUCUCAUAGUAAUACUUGCUCAUAUGAUUUUAGGAACUCUGAUCCAUUUCAACUAUUAUCUGAAGAACAGAUAGAUGAGAAGAUCUACAAUUUGGGUUCUAUUUUAGAUGUAAGGGAUAUAUACAUUAUAUGGAAUUAUGUAAAUGAUAAUGAAAAGAGAAAGUUGUAUAGGAUGAGGACGAAUUUGCUCACGUAUUGUGAUUGUCUCGCUGAUGCCUGUGGAAUCCCCCGUGAAAUUAAGAAACAAGAAUGGUUAAGGGUCCACCAAUUUAUGAAUAGAGUAUUUUUACGAUACGAAAAGAGAUUCACGAAAUAUAUCCACUCGUUUUUGGAGAAUGGAAGAAUGGACCGAUGGACAUUUAUUGACUUUUUAAAUAACUACAGAGAUAAGAGUCGCAGGUUUAGGAACGGCAUGUACAACUACUGGAAAAACGACAUUCUCACUAGGAUGGAAACAUACCAACGCCUUUUAAUAGAUGUAAGAUCAAGAGUUAGAAGAAGAGUUUAG